ACAGAAAAUCUUUCCUCCUCUCUUCAAUAUUAUAUUUUGUAGUUUAUAUUUCAACAUGGUAUCAAAGCCUUCCAUUUCAGUUUAGUUUUUCAGAUUUCAGUUCUUUAUUCAGGCUGAUUUCAGUUCAGUAUUCAGGCUGGGUUCUUUCUCCAAGAACUUGAGUUAACUUCAGAACCUUACACACCAUUUUCAGAACCUUACACACCAUUCUGCCUACACAACCUCUACACACCAUUAAACAGAACCUCUGUCCAGACCAACACCGUCCUAUUUCUCACCUCCGUCCUAACCAAUUGCACUUGCCGCCGCCGACCACGUCUUUGGAGUCGCCACUAUCAUUAGCUGGUAAGUCAGAAACCCAGACCUCGCCAACCAUCUAUUGAGCUGCGGCUGGUAAGUCUUAAUUAGCUGUAUUUAUUUAUUUAUUCUCAAAAAAAAAAAAAAGAAAAAAAAAAUAAAAAAAAAAUCAAAUCAAAAAAAAAAAUCAAAAAAAAAAAAUGUCUUUUACGGGUCCAUUUGGCAGAGGAGUAAUAUGCCAUUACUGCAAGAAGCCCGGGCACUUGCUCAAAGAAUGUAGAAAGUUGCUGUUCAAAAAUCAAGGAAAUCAGCUUGCUCAUGUUGCUUCCGCUACGAGUUCAUUUGAUGGAUCAAUUGCCAUUUCUUCAGACGAGUAUGCUAAAUUUAUUUGCUACCAAGAAUCUCUAAAGCAUUCAUCUACCCCUAUCUCGGUAGUCGCAAAUUCAGGUAUUUCAAACACAUGUCUUGUUUCAUCAUCCUCAAAAUGGGUCAUUGACUCAGGUGCCACAGAUCAUAUGACUGGUAAUCCUAGUCUAUUCUCAUCAUUUCACUCACAUUUACCUGUUUCCAGUGUCACUUUAGCAGACGGGUCUACCUCACCCGUUCUUGGAUCUGGUACUGUUGUACCAACUUCUACAUUACCAUUAUCGUCUGUUUUGAGUCUUCCUAAUUUUGCAUUUAAUCUGCUUUCCAUCAGUAAAAUCACACGUACUCUUAAUUGUUCUGUAACAUUUUUCCGGGAUAUUGUGUGUUUCAGGAUCUGUUAAUGAAGCAUACUAUUGGUCAAGGACAUGAGUCGGGUGGUCUUUAUAUUUUGGAUACAUCAAUUACAAAAGGUAUCUCUUGCCUUGGGGUUGGAAAUCUAUUAGAAGCUCAUUACCGAUUAGGACAUCCAUCUCUCUCACUAAUGAAGCAAUUAUAUCGUCAGUUUAAUAAGGUGUCUUCUAUACAAUGUGAGUCGUGUGAGUUUGCUAAACAUCAUCGCACUAGUUUAAGUCCCCGACUUAAUAAACGAGCAAAUGCUCCGUUUGAUCUUGUCCAUACUGAUGUUUGGGGGGCAUGUCCAGUUGUGUCCAAACCUGGUUUCAAAUAUUUUGUCACUUUUGUUGACGAUUAUUCUCGUAUGACAUGGGUGUAUUUUAUGAAGCGCCGAUCCGAGUUAUUUACUCAUUUCUCUGCAUUUUGUGCUGAAAUUAAAACUCAAUUUAAUGUUCCUGUUCGUGUGUUAAGGGGAGACAAUGCCCAAGAAUAUUUAUCUGCUCCAUUUAAAUCUUUUAUGCUUCAACAUGGCAUUAUUCAUCAAACUUCAUGCGUAGACACACCUCCUCAAAAUGGAGUUGCUGAAAGAAAGAAUCGACAUUUGUUAGAAACUGCAAGGGCUCUUCUAUUCCAAAUGAAUGUGCCUAAACAGUUUUGGGCUGACGCUGUGUCUACUUCAUGUUUUUUGAUCAAUCGUAUGUCAUCUUCUGUUUUGGAUGGUAAAACUCCUUAUCAAUGUCUUUUUCCAAAUAAAGAACUUUUUCCUAUUCCACCUAAAAUAUUUGGUUGCACUUGUUUUGUUAGAGAUGUUAACCCUCAUCGGACGAAAUUGGACCCCAAGUCAUUGAAAUGUAUUUUCUUGGGUUAUUCUCGAGUUCAAAAGGGGUAUAGAUGUUUUUGUCCAAGUACAGGUCGAUAUCUUAUUUCUAUUGAUGUCUCAUUUCAUGAAAAUACACCAUUUUCAUCAUCCAAGACAGAUAUUCAUGAGGACACCGAUGAAAUACUCAUUUACACAGUUACUAUACCUGAGACCACACCUUCAGUAACUAUGUCGAAUGUCACUGUUCCUGACCCUAGACCUCCUGUACACUUGGUUUACACCCGUCGACACAAAGCACAAGAUCACUCCCCACCUGUGACACCUGUGAUUACAUAUCCUGAUACUGGUCCGACUUCGAUCUCAUGUCCUGAACCAGUACCUGCAUCUUCAGAUCUUGUCUCUACAUCUGAUCUUGACCUCCCGAUAGCACUACGUAAAGGUACAUGGUCUUGUACUCAUCCUAUUUCCUCAUUUGUGUCAUACAGUCAGUUAUCUCCUGCCUCAUGUUCUUUUGUUGCUUCCAUUGAUUCUAUUUCUGUUCCCAAAUCUGUUAAAGAAGCUUUGGCUCAUCCUGAAUGGCGUCAUGCCAUGGUAGAGGAAAUGAAUGCUUUGGAUCUUAAUGGUACUUGGGAUUUGGUAUACUUGCCUUCAUGGAAGAAGUCUAUUGGAUGUAAGUGGGUCUUUGCUGUUAAGGUUAAUCCAGAUGGAUCUGUUGCUCGAUUGAAAGCUCGAUUGGUUGCAAAGGGUUAUGCUCAAACCUAUGGUGUUGAUUAUUCUGACACUUUUUCUCCUGUUGCUAAAUUAACAUCUGUCAGGUUACUUAUCUCACUCGCUGCAACUCAUGAUUGGCACUUACACCAGUUGGACAUUAAAAAUGCAUUCUUACAUGGUGACCUUCAGGAGGAAGUUUAUAUGGAGCAACCUCCGGGAUUUGUUGCUCAGGGGGAGUAUGGGAAAGUUUGUCGACUUCGCAAAUCUCUUUAUGGUCUGAAACAGAGUCCUCGUGCAUGGUUUGGGAAAUUCAGUCAAUCCAUUGAACGGUUUGGAAUGAUAAAAGGUCAAUCAGAUCACUCUGUCUUUUGCAGAAAAACGAAAGCAGGUAUCACAUUGCUUGUGGUGUAUGUCGAUGAUAUUGUGAUUACAGGAAGUGAUACCGCAGGUAUUUUGGCCCUUAAGAAUUUUCUUCAUAGCCAAUUCCAAACAAAAGACCUAGGCUCAUUGAAAUACUUUCUGGGUAUUGAGGUAACACGGAGUAAGAAAGGCAUAUUUCUAUCUCAGCGUAAAUAUGUACUUGAUUUACUAACUGAAACAGGGAAAUUGGGAGCAAAGCCAAACACAACUCCCAUGGUUCCCAAUGUGCAACUCACUUCAGAAGGCAUACCUUUCGAAGACCCAGAAAGGUACAGAAGAUUGGUUGGAAAGCUUAACUAUCUCGCAGUCACUCGUCCAGACAUUGCUUACUCUGUGAGCGUAGUGAGUCAAUAUAUGUCAUCUCCAACAGUUGAUCAUUGGAAUGCAGUAGAGCAUAUAUUAUGUUACUUGAAGGGGACACCAGGACGAGGUAUUGUUUACCAAAAUCAUGAUCACAUGAGAAUAGAAUGCUUUGCAGAUGCUGAUUGGGCUGGAUCUAAAGAUGAUAGGAGAUCCACAUCUGGCUAUUGCGUCUUUGUUGGUGGUAAUCUCGUCUUUUGGAAAAGUAAGAAGCAAAAUGUGGUUUCUCGUUCGAGUGCUGAAUCAGAAUAUCGGGCUAUGGCACAAUCGGCAUGUGAGAUAAUCUGGAUAAACCAUUUGCUGAGUGAAAUCGGAUUGAAGACACCAAUGCCCGCUAAACUCUGGUGUGAUAACCAAGCUGCUAUACACAUUGCCAACAACCCAGUGUUUCAUGAGAGAACAAAACAUAUUGAGGUCGAUUGUCACUUUGUUCGAGAAAAGAUACAACAGGGAUUGAUCUCUACAGGAUAUGUGAAGACUGGAGAGCAACUUGGAGAUUUGUUCACUAAAGCAUUAAAUGGAAUUCGUGUUGGUUAUUUAUGUAACAAGUUGGGCAUGAUAAAUAUCUAUGCUCCAACUUGAGGGGGAGUGUGAAAGACAUUAGAAUAUACUUUAGAAUAUACUUUAGAAUAUUCUUCUAUCCUUAGAAUAUACUUUAGAAUAUUUUAGGAAUAUACUCUAAGAUAUUAUUAUUGUAUAGAAUCUUAUAGGAAUAUUCUAUCUUUGUAAUGUAUAUUUAUAGGGACUUAACCCUCCAAUGAAAUACACAGAAAAUCUUUC